CGUUCAGGCUAAGAUUUUCCGUCAGAAGACCGCGCAAGUGCACUUGUGUUUCGCCGUUACCAUAGCGACUGGGCCUCCGGACGUCAGAUGCCCGGUGCCUUGUGAACAUCUUUAAGCAUCGGCAGCUCUGGAGGCCGGGAAUUUUACUCAACUCCUUAUUGAUGAGCAUGGAGUCAGUGGUGGAGGUGCAGCCAGACACUCCCAAUACCUCACUUCAGCGGAUAGGAAACUGUGAAAGAAUCUUCUGAUGUCACAAUUUCUGGGUGUCACUGGAACAUUUUAUCAUCAUUCCUUUGGCAAUUCCAGCCUUCUCUGGAAGGUUAGUAGAAGCAAUUGAUUUAUUCACCUCUACAGGAAUCAAGUCUAUGGUUUUCAGUGAAUUAUGCCUUUUCGGUUUGGGACCCAGCAAAGGAAAUUUCCAGUGGAAGGGGGAGAUUCUUCAGUUGGGCUGGAAUCUGGGCUGAGCUCCAGUGCUGCCUGUAACGGGAAAGAAUUGCCACCAACCAGGCAACUCCGAAGAUGCCCUGGAAGUCAUUGCCUGACAAUAACUGAUGUUCCCAUCACUGUCUAUGCAACAAUGCGAAAGCCACCUGCACAAAGCAGCAAGGAAGUGCAUCCUAAAUAGCAUCAUUAAGUCUUUUGUAGAGGUUUGACUAGGUCAAGGGUAAUGGGCCAGUAUCAUCUUAUGAUCUGCUAAACAAAUAAAAGUGGUGGCACCUUUGGAUG